AUGAAUACAUCGAGUGCGCACCUGCAGUCACAAAUGGAGUCGAAGAAGAAUAAACCAGAGAAACAAAAGAUGUCUGAAAAGCAAAGUGAGUUGGAGAAACAACAAAGGGAACCAGAGAGAGCCAAGGACAUGGUGGAGCAAAGCCUGCAUGUACUGCAGAAUACUGUUACUCACACUAUAGAUAACAAACCCAAACAGUCUACAAGCACGUCAAAUGGUGUCUCGGAUUUGCCAUCGGCUGAUUCAAGUGAUAAAAUCGACAACCUGCGUAAGGACUUGCUGAGCUUAACAAGCAGCAAAUCAGAAAAGACAAAACAAAAAGUUAUUGACAAUGAGGGUGCAAGCAAUUACUCUUCAAAUGGCAGAGCUCCCACUCAUGUGAAUGUGCCACAGCGGCUGGCAGGUACACCGACAGCAGCAACAGGAACAACGCCAACGACAACAACGACAACAACGACAACUACAAAACCCGAGCUUGAAAAUGUAAAUUCUUCUUCAUCAAAAGGAAAUAGCGGACUUGGCCUUUCAGUAGCGCCAGCAAAAGCUGGAGGUUUGCAGAUCUUGAACGACGAGAAUACGCAGCUGCGCCAAGAACCUAGUGCACGCAAGGCCAAUGUGCAACUGGUGCUACAAGCCCUGCAGCUGGGACUGCCAGCUCCAGAGAUACACCAAACGAAACAACUGUCACUUGUAGCCCAGCCAUCAUCGUUGAUGAUGAAUUCAAACGGAUCAAGUUUGCACACCCCAUCUAUCUCGAACAUGACGGAUUCAGAUGCUCGAAAUAAAAACACAAAGCACAAACGAAUAGCCAAACAAAAUUCCACCAAAACGGACUUUUUUGCAGCCAAAUUGGCAAGCGCUGUUGAUGAUGUUGAAAGCAGCGAUAGUGAUGAGACAUUUGUAUAUGAGAACGCUAACGACGAUUAUGAUGAAACAAGUAGUGUUAACCGUGACUUUUUGCUCGACACUGCUAGUAUUAAUGGGCUAGGGGUAGGUGCUGUAGUCGGUUCUGGAACCAGUGCAGGCAUUGGAUUGUCGUCCUGUUCCAAUCCUUAUCAACGGUCUUUGCCUUUAGACGGUGAAAACGAGAAAAGACCAGAGAAAACAUUGAACAAAAAAACACAUUCUGUCGCCAAUUCCCUUAACAAUCCAACGAGUUCGGAAAAAGAUUUGCACAAACGACCUUUGGCAUUACGCACUUUUUCUUCUUUUUCUGCAAACGAACCGGAAGCAAAGACAAUUGUUUAUCGAAACUUGGAAAAGAUACCCGGAGAAGCUAGCAGCAGUGCUGACCAUAAAUUACGAGCAAGCCAGGCCAGUGUGGGUGUUGCACACUCAAUAACCGAGGAUGAAAAUGAGGAUGCUUUUUCGUACAAAGGUAGUGAAGAUGGGUACCUGAUAGACUGUGAUGGCGAUAGAGAAGCGCGACAUCCAGAUAAGAAAAACUCUGCGGAGUCAUCAGAACAUAUACGAUCUGUUGAUGGACGUAAUGAAAUUCAUCGGUCUUCUUUUGAGGCGUCAGUGACUAAUGGAACAGGAACAGGAACAGGAACGGGUGCAGUAUCAGGUGCAGUAACAGGUGUAGAUGCAUCGUCGUCUGGAGCAGGGGCUCUCCAAUCUACGGCUAGCAAGAGUAAUUCACGCAAGAAGUAUCAGAGCUCCACUGCGUCUUCCAAACUCAGGUCAACGACAUCAAAACUUUUUGACAAAAAGGGUUCGCAGCCAAAGCGAUAUAGCAUAAUUCCUGACGAUUUCGAUAUAGAAGACUUUGACGACGAAUUGAUAUAUUAUGAUAAUAAAGCUGAUACGCAUGAGAACGACAAGACACCGUUGCUAAACUUAAAGCAAGGGAUUCCGCAUUAUAGAUCAUUGAACUUGCACGCUCCGGGUAUCAAGCAUCAGAACAAAAGAUAUAUUUCUGGUAAUGGUCAGCCCCUUAUCUCAUCUCCUGACCUGAGGGCUGGUAUUGUGCAAAACAAUGGAAAGAGAGCUUUUCCUUUCCCUCACCAGGAAAUUUAUCCGAGAUACUACUACGACGUUGAUCCCUUUGAUCAGGAGUCUCAAGUAUACGAAUCAGACUUUGAUCUCGCCGAUCUGAACAAUACGAGAAAAAAAGGGUUGCGUCAUUUGGAUAAAACCGAUGGGUAUACCGAAAAUAAUGGUCAUCCUUUUUUGCUUACGCAGAGACCACUUAGUAGCAAACAUGGAUUCUGCAAAUCAUUUCUCUAUACGUUUAUAUGUAUUUUCGCGAUAUUGACUGUUGGUUUUAUUCUUGGAUUUUUUAUGGCCACCACGAAGGAGUUGAGCAAUGUUGGAAUUGUCUCAAUUGAAAAUCCAAUUGUUAGCAAAGACGAAUUGGUUUUCAACAUAUUGGUGGAGGCAUUUAAUCCCGGUUGGUUCUCUGUUGAUAUAGAGGAGGUUGAACUAGAUUUAUUUGCUCGAAGCGGAUACCUUCCUGACCUGCCUCCAGCUUUGAGCAAGAACUUGCAAGCACGCAAGGAUCUGUCAAAAUUAGAAACAGUUAAACUCGGAUCGAUUUCUAAUUUAGAGUCUGCAAUGAAUUUCAAAGCUGGCUUUUUUUCGAGAGAGCCAUCGACGCAACGGGGAGAGGUGAAACUUUUGAACCCAGGUAAAAAUAUCACGCUGGCAGAUUCCACGCAGCAAUUCAGAGAUGAUACGGAUAAUUCGCUUAAGUGGAGUAUCAUUAGUGAAAACCCUUUCGAUCUUAUAAUCACUGGUGUGUUGAAGUACACGCUACCUAUGGGUAGGAGUACAAAGUCAGUCGUGGUACGGAAAACUGGGUAUAUAGAUCCCACACUUUUCAUCAUGUGA